AUGAUAACUGUUAUCGUGAUAAGUUUAACUCUAAUCGUAUUGUACUUUUACAACACAAGACACUUUCACUACUGGAAAAAACGUGGAAUAAAAUAUAUAAAACCUAUCUUUAUAGUUGGAAGUACACCUGAAAAUUUUUUGAUGCGGAAGAGCAUCACGGAAACUAUAACACAGUGGUACAGAGAAUAUCCUGAAGAAAAAGUGGUGGGUUACUUCCGUUCAUCAAAGCCGGGACUACUCAUUAGGGAUCCUGAAUUAAUUAAAAGAGUUCUCAUUACAGAUUUUGCGUAUUUCUACGAGCGUGGGCUUCACCCGGAUAAAUAUGGUAUUGAGCCACUUUUGCAAAAUCUAUUUUUCGCAGAAGGUGAUUUGUGGCGUCUUCUGAGACAGCGCAUGACUCCGGCAUUUACCAGCGGAAAAUUGAGAGCCAUGUUCCCGUUGAUAGUUGAGCGAGCCGAACAAUUACAAGCACGAACAUUAGCAGCAUCUCGCGAAGGACGUACCAUCGACGCUAGAGAUUUGAUGGCACGAUAUACGACAGAUUUCAUUGGUGCUUGUGGAUUUGGUCUCGACGCGGGAUCUCUAAAUGAAGAAAACUCCGAAUUCCGUAAACUUGGCCAACAAAUCUUUGAAUUCAAUAUUACCGUGGUGAUCAUCACAAUAAUGAAACACGCUUUCCCAGCUUUAAGUAAAAACUUAAAAUACAUGCGCAAACUCGAAAAUCAAGUGUUCUCAUUGGUCCAACAAAUUUUAGUAAAGAGAAAAUACCAACCAUCAAAUAGAAAUGAUUUUAUAGACUUAAUGAUAGAUUGUAAACAUAAAGGUGUGAUUGAAGUUGAAUCUCUUGAAAAAGUAAAAUCCGAUGGUACUCCUGAUCUUGUGAAAUUGGAAUUAACCGAUGAAUUAAUAGCAGCACAAGUGUUUGUUUUCUUUGCCGCUGGCUUUGAAACAUCUUCAUCGGCAACUAGCUAUACUCUUCAUCAACUCGCACACAAUCCUAAAGUACAGAAAAAACUACAAAAGGAAAUCGAUGAAAUACUUUGUAAACAUAACAAUAGGUUGAGUUAUGAAGCUGUUAACAGCAUGACUUAUUUAGAAUGGACAUUCAAAGAAGGCAUGAGACUGUUCCCAUCCUUAGGAUACUUGGCUAGGAACUGUACGAAAAGAUAUACCUUUCUUGAAUUGAACUUGACAAUAGAUGAGGGUGUAUGUGUGUGCAUGCCCAUACAAGGAAUCCAUACUGAUGCUCAGUACUUCGACAAUCCAUUCGAGUUCCGUCCCGAAAGAUUUAGUCCAGAAAAUUUUAAUAAAACCAAUAAAUAUGUUUAUUUACCAUUUGGUGAUGGCCCACGUGCUUGUAUAGGCGCAAGACUCGGUCUGAUGCAGUCUCUAGCUGGCCUAGCCGCUAUUCUUUCAAAAUUUACCGUACAACCUGGCCCUGAAACCAAGAAACAUCUUACCGUUGAACCUAAGUUCGAUAUUGUCCAAAACAUAGAAGGCGGAUUACCAUUAAUGUUUAUAGAAAGAAGGCAAAUAAAAAUGUAGUUCAUCAUCAUCAUAUCAGCCGAGAGACGCCCACUGCUGGGCAUAGGCCUCCCCCAAAGAUCUCCAACGUGAUCGGUCCUGCGCCUCCUGCAUACAGCGGCUUCCCGCGACCUUCACCAGAUUGUCGGUCCAUCUUGUAUAGUUAUUUCUUAUAAAAUGUAGUUAUUUCUCAAUAUUUGUGUAGUCAAUUCAUUUAGUACCUACCUUUCUAUGAGAACAACUAUGUAAUCUUGUCAAAAUAAACAUUAAGUAAUACUUGGCAAACGCCUAGGCAUGGUAAAAGAAUCUUACAUAAAAUAGUUGCCUAUAUUAUGGUGCUGUUUGCGUUUCUUAAAUAUUCCUCAAUCUGUGACAGGGUUGAAUAGCUACUCGCACAAAAUUAGAAACUGAAUUACUCGACUUAAGUAGUUUUGUAUUGAUUUCACAACAUUUUAUUGCAGUAAAUGUGUCGCGAUACUUGUAAAUUUUUGUACAUAUUAUAUUUUUGAUGGGAUAUUAUUGUUAUAUACAGUUUAAGAGACAAUUGCACAAACGUUCAUUAAAAUUGUCAUUACAUUAAAGUGAUAUUACCAAUACAAAUUUCACAUUCAUAAGAGCUUAAAGGUGUCAUUAAACCGUAAUGGACAUUUGUGCAACUGACUGUUAGACUACUAUCUAUAUAACAGUUUAUGAUUUGUUGUAAACACGACUAGAGUUCAAAGAAUGGCUGACUAUCCAUUGAUAAUAUAG